AUCCGUCCAACCAGCGCGAUCACUAUGCUCUCCGCGCUCCUCGCCCUGCCCGCCUGGAAUCCCGGCCACGACGCGUGCCCAACGGUCACAACCGUCGGCUCGGCCGACUUCAGCCUCGCCGAGUGGGUGCGCAAGAGCUGGUUUAUUCAGGAGCAGCAGGUGCUCGACUUCCAGCCGGUGACCUCCAACUACUGCGUCGCCGCCACGUACAAUCUGGAGGGCAAGACGGUACCAUUCUUCAAGGGCAAGGUGGCGACGGUGUACAACUACGCCAACAACGACCAGGUGAACGGCCCGCUGACAAACGCCAAGAACAUGACGCUCUGCGCGCGGGCCGUCAACACAACCGACUCGUCUCGCCUCGCCGUCGCGCCCUGCCUUUUGCCCAACAUCUUAGCCGGGCCGUACUGGAUCCUGGGCAUCGGCAAGGCAGCCGACGGGAGCUACGACUGGGCGGUCGUCAUCGGGGGGCAGCCCGACGUGAAGUGGGAGGACGGCUGCACCACAAAGGAGUCGGGCGUAAACAACGCGGGCCUGUGGCUCUUCUCACGCAAGCCAGUCGCGUCGCCGGAGGCAAUCGGCAAGAUGCACGCGCUGCUCAAGGCGAAGGGCAUCGCGCGCUCGCGCCUGCACAAGGUGGAGCAGGAGGGGUGCACCUACCACGGCUUCAACAUGAAGUAAACGAAGGCCGCUGGGCUCCCACCCUAUUAUAUUCGGAACGAGGAGACGUUUGUGCGGCGAGAGCGUGCGCAGCCUGCGCUAGUUGUGAUGUUGUUCAAGUGUUCUCACCCCAGCCCAUGUGACGCAUGAGAGAGAGAGAGAAGAUUCAUUCUUCUUCAGCCCAUGCUCCUCGGUCUACUCUCUGUUGUUACUGGCACUAAGAGAGAGAAA